AUCCAAAAUGUCCAGGGGAUGUGGAUCUCCAAAGUGGCGACUGGGACAUCAAGACGAUUACCAGCUCACUGAAGUUUUAUCUCAGGAACCUAUCAGAACCCGUCAUGACAUACAAGCUCCACAAAGAGUUGGUCCUGGCUGCCAAAUCCGAGAACUUGGAUUACAGGCUGGGAGCCAUUCAUGCGCUGGUCUAUAAACUACCUGACAAGAACAGAGAGAUGUUAGAGCUCCUCAUACAACACCUUGUCAAUAUAUGUGAGCACAGCAGAGAGAAUCUGAUGUCACCAUCUAACAUGGGGGUGAUAUUUGGACCUACCCUCAUGCGUGCACAGGAGGACACCGUAGCAGCGAUGAUGAACAUCAAGUUCCAAAACAUAGUGGUUGAGAUCCUCAUCGAGCACUUUGGGAAGAUCUACUCUGGCCCACCAGAAGAUACCACGGCUCCCCCAGUGCCUCCUCCAAGAGUAGCUGCCCGGCGGCAUAAACCCAUCACCAUUUCCAAACGUCCUCUAAGGGAAAGACCCGUCUUCUUCGGCGCUUCUGUAGAAGAAAGUGGAGCAGACCGGCACAGCCAGACCCCCAAUGGCAGCAGCAGCAGCACGGAGGUCCCCAAGCCACUGCACCGCAGCCGCCUGCCCGCACCCCGGCUGGGGGGAGAGGAGCCGGGGCAUCCCCCUACUGAGGGCCGGCCUCACCCGCGCACCGAGGCAGAGGUGGGGAAGAUGGUGGCCAAGCUGCAGGAUGGAGGAGUGAAGGCAGCCAGUAAGGCAGCCAACGGUGUGGUGGCCAGCCCUGCCCUGAGGACCUCCACACUCCAGGCCAAGAGACCUGCUCCCCGACCAGGGAUAUACGGCAGAGAGGGUGAGUGCGAUGGUGUCCCUAAGCCACGAUCCCAUGGUGAUAAGCCCGUGAUUACGCGUCCCCCAGUGAGACCUCCAGACCCUCCAUGCAGGACUCCUGUCCCUCCAAAGCUGGAGCAGAGGCCAGAUCUGAUAGCGGUCACAGCAGAAGAGAUGCCUUCAUCUGUGGUGGCCUCUAGGACAAAGUUCUUUGAGACAGCUUCCCGAAGAACAAGCAAUUCUUCAUCACCACAAGGCAGGAUCCCAGGUGAUGAGAGCUGA